AUGGCGGGAUUGGAUUUUUCCUGUAACAAGUUAACAGGUGAAAUUCCACAAGAACUCGGAUUCUUAACCCAGCUUCAUGCUUUAAACCUCUCUCACAAUCAGCUGACUGGACCCAUUCCUGUGAGCUUCUCAAAUCUUGCAAAUAUAGAGAGCUUGGACCUUUCUUCAAAUGGUUUGACCGGCACAGUUCCAUCAGAACUCAUUAAACUGACUUUUCUACAAGUAUUUAAUGUUUCUCACAACAAUCUAUCGGGUAGACUCCCAGAAAUGAAAGCACAGUUUGGUACCUUCUCGGAGGCAAGCUAUGAAGGGAAUCCACUUCUUUGUGGACCACCACUCGUGAAGAAAUGCACAACUACUAAUUCACAGGUGACCAAUCCAUCAGAUGGAGAAGAAGACAAUGAGAAAUGGUAUGAUAUCAAUAUGGCAUGCUUCUACGGAAGUUCUAGUUCCACGUGUGUUAUUUUCUUAUCUGGAUUUGUUGCAAUUCUUUACACCAAUCCUCGGUGGCGUAGAAGGUGGCUACACUGGGUAGAAGAUUGUAUGUUUACAUUUUAUUACUCCCUUUCUGAUCUAGUAAGGAAGCCUUCUCUGACCAUUCAUAAGCAGGACCUCCAUUAG